UCCCUCGCGACGAGAGAGCGCCCGCUUCAAGUUCGCUUCGGCUCUUCUCGCUGCUCUCGCUCUUUCUCUCUUUUUUCUCUUCUUUCUCUCCCUUUUCCCUUUUUUUCUCCCUUUUUUUUUCAUCCCUUCGCUCGCGAAACCGACGCGAACGAGAACGCGCGAGUGCGACGACGUGGGUUUCGCCCUCGUUUUCCCCGGUAUCGGAGCCGGUCGCGUGUGUGCUACGAUUUUUGGAGAUUUAGGGGUCCCGAGGAUCCAGGGAUAGUGUUGUCACCAUCGGCGAACGUUCGACCGGACGCUCGCGGGACUUAACACCAGAGUCGUAGCUGGCGAUCUACCAAACAUGUUGCGCCUCGUGGUCCUUUUCUUUCUAUGUAUCGCUGCUACUUACACACCUGGCCAUUGCGAGGCAAGGGCAUCGCGAGAUGUCGAGCAUGCGAGACUGCCAGAGUUCCUCACGGAAUUGGACCUGUCGAGUCUCGAGGCAUCCGAGGAAGACGUCGAAGCGCUGAAGAAAAUCGUGAAAAGGCUGGCGCCCGAGAAGAACGGCGAGUACCAAGUUUACCAAGUCUUCUUCGGUAACGAGGACCUUCUCAAGGAGUGGCUCAAAGGAGCGGACGUGACAGGACAGCCCGGGGUGGAUUAUCCAGCUCUCACGUCGAUUCCAGCCACUUCAUUCAGCUGUCGCGGUUUAAGGGGCGGAUAUUACGCGGAUUUAGAGACAAAUUGCCAAGUAUUCCACAUCUGCGACAAUGGACGGAAGAUCUCGUUCCUGUGUCCCAACGGUACCAUCUUUCAACAGUCGCAGCUUAUAUGCGAUUGGUGGUUCAAAGUUGACUGCAGCAAAUCCACGGAACUGUACGAACAGAGCGCCGAGCAGUUGGCCGAGGAGGAGAAGAAGCGCGCGGACGCGAGGAAGAUAAAGUCCGAGUAUCAUCGCGAGCAGCAGGAUAACGCGGAUUACUACGAGAAUACCCAGAAUGUCGAUUACGACGGCAGGCAGAAUGGCAGGACGAAUCCGUACGGUCAGUCCGCCGUCAAUCAGAAUCAAAUUCCGGCGAAGCAAGAGGAAUCGAAGUCCGCCCAGAAUUUUAGAUCGAACAGCAAUAGAGAUUCCGGUCGUUAUUUCCAAGAGAACAGCGCAAACGCGUUGCGAACUAACGAGAAAACCAGCCAAACGUCCGAAAACUUCAAUCAGCAGCCGAAGCAACGGCAGUAUAACGAUGGCUCGAAUUAUCAGACAAGUAGCAGACAGAGAAAUCAGUUGGACAAUCAGCAGGGAGGCGGCAAGUCCAAUUACGAGCAGGGAAAUAAUAAGUUCCAGGACACUCGGCAGAAUUAUCAGAGCAACUCGCAGGACUAUCGGACGGAUCAGAAUACGGCGCGGACCAGCAACGAGAAGCCGGGAUUCAGGGGUGGAAAAUCGCGAACCUCGACCAGAAACAACCUGUUCGGCUCCAGUCAAUCGCAGAAGUCCACGCCGGUCUACAUGGAGACGACGACCUUCCGGACGACGACCUCGCCGCCUCCGAAGGAAUAUCAGCAGUUCGCGGAAAGCGCCGCGUUUGUCUCGAAUCGAGGAGGUCGCUUCAACUCGGCCAAAUCCGAGAACAACCGGCAGUUCUAUUACCAUUCGUACGAUUAUCAGGAUCGCACCACCACGGCCGAUUAUCGCGAUCGCGAGACCACCACGUUGAGAAAUCAGGAGACCGAGACGGUUUCCUUCACGCCGAAAACGAACGCUCCGGCAUUCCCGGGGCCCACCUUCGCUCCCAUUUAUAAACCCAGAACGACGACGUUGCCGCCUUACGAAACGACGUUGCAAUACACGCCGACCACCGAGACGUCCUUCUACACCAGCACUUCCUAUUACGAGCAGGACGAUACUCCGGAAACCACCGUUUACGGCAACGUCGUGACCGUCACGUCGUCCUCCGUAGAUGAAUACUCGUCUACGGAGUCCUACAGCGAUUUGCAGACGCCUCCCGCGAUAGGAAGAGUGCCGCCGCUCACCGGAAAUUAUCAAAGUCAGCAAUACAAAGUGACGAAUCAGAGGGACACCGAACGCGACACGGCUUCCUUCGGGACGACGCGUCCGUACGUGAAUACGGAGACUAACCGGCAAAACGUACCUGUUAAUGUCACGUCGGCCAAUUAUCAAAAUGAGAAUAACAUAGCGGAUCCCUGGCGCGCGUCCUCGCAGAGCUUUCGGCAAAACUCGAUCAGCUCGACCGAGAAGCCAUGGAAGAGCACGAACGCUUAUCAGCCGAACGUGUCCACCAGCAAGACCUUGAGUCCUUAUGACACGAGUUUCACUUACAAGCAAGGAAAGGUCCUGUCUACCUUAGGUCCUUACGUACCGUUCACCAAGAAUUACGUCUACUCGACGAUGACCACGACUCCAACACCAAAGCCAUCGGUCACCGCGCCGACUUACGGCUCCACCUUGACCAAUUAUCGCAUAACGGCGAGCAGUCUUUUGCCCAAGACGAAAUCUUCACCAUCGGUGACGAGUAAGCCUAAAGACAGAGCGACUUACCUGCCCGAGACGAGCAGCAAGCGACCGACGACCUUCGAAGAUAGGCCGUACGUCGAACGGGAACACGCGCUUAGCAUGUUGCACUCUCUUCAGGGUCUGGAGAACAGCGCGAAUGGUCUCAGCGAGCUCGAGAAGAAGAGCGGAUCCGAUCGGAACCCAGCACCCGGUCCGUCUACCUUGCACUCGUUGGCUCUAUACUUCGCCACAGCUAGCGACAAUCUCGACUUGAACGAGACUUCCGAGUCCACCGCGAGCGUCGAGAAUCGGGAGGUUGAGGAGAAGGAAGAUGACCCUAACGAGUCCAUCGAAUUACCCGUCAACAUCCUCACGCAGCACACCAUCGCGUCGUACGCCGAGUUGUUCAACUUGAACAACGCGCUCGAGGGAAACGCCACGCUGGCCGAAUUCGUGGCGGAAGUCGAUAAUGUCGCCAGCGAGAUCGAGGACGACGACGACGACGAGGACCUUGAAAUCGAGCAGAGCGAAGGCCCGUUGAACGGCGCGAAGAGAUCGAACAAUACCAAGUUGCGCGAGCUGGCCCAGGUCUUCACUCACGCUCUGUCAGCGUACUUGCAGGACCCGGACACCUUCAAGAAGGUCCUCACGGAGAUUAGACCCACUCAACCUCCGGUGACGACGACCGACGGCGAUCACGACGAGACGACGACGUUGUUCCCGACCACGGCGGAGGAGUACUCCUCGGUGACCAAGGAGAAGGACGAAGUCCUGGACUUCUCGGAUGACACGGACGCUUCCAGGAGACGCAAGCCGUCUGUGUUUUCUACCACUUUGCAACCGCCGACGACCACCGAUAGAUCGUAUCUGUCUUAUUACACGACGCCGUACGACGAUUCAACGGACGAGACCCGCAGACCGAUUUACUACCCGAGUACGACGUUAUUACCACCCGGCUCGACUUCAUCGUACGAAUCGGAGGAUUAUGUGGAAACGUCGACGCAGAGUGGCAACACCUUCGCCUUCGAAGUAAAUCGCGCUUUCACCACCACUGCAGGGAACAUUCAUAAUUAUGACAGCGAUACGAGAGACUCGACCGAUCUGUCACCGGUGUACGAUAAUUAUUUCCCAUUGGACGAGGACGAAAAUCGAAGCAAGGUGCCUCGCAAUAAUACAGCGAAAACCUUCCAGCCGUACGGCAAGAACGUUAAGCCGAAAGGCGCUACGCCUAUAACUAAUUACGUGGCGUCGUCGACGCUGGCGUCUUUCCAGCAACCCGCAGGAACGACCUCGUCCGGCUGGGGUAAAGGUUCCGCCGGGGACAAACCGAUCCAGGACUUGACGCCGCCUCACUAUCAGCGCUUUGGUAACGUGAAGAGCUUCGAGGUAUCGAACAGCAUCGUGCCGAAUCAGAUACGUUCGACGACACCUCUGCCGAGGAGCAAAUCUUCCUACGAUACAGCCAGCACUACCGCUCAACCUUUCAGAAUACGAUAUUACGAUUCGACAACGACGUCGCCCGAGGAUCGGAAGACCAGCCCCGAGUCCCUCGUCACGGCUCGCAGCUCGUACGUCAAGUAUAGGAACAACUACAAUCGUAUAGAGAACAAUCGCGCGGAAGGUAGUCGUACCGGUAAGUCUACCGGGAACCUGGCGACAACCGCGGCAACGACGAUCCGAGACAACGUCGGGACCCUGGACCCGAUUACCGCGACCGUCAGUGACGUCACUCCGUAUACCUCUACCGUUGUUCGCGCUACCUCUGGCAAACCGACCGGCACGUCAUCCACUAAACAUCCUAGUUCGCUGAAUAAUGAUCACUGGACCUCCUCGCCCAUGGUCACCCAGUUAUGGGAGACGACGGUGUUCGUGGAUCCCCGGCACAUCAAUCACGGUCUACAGUCCAGCGUGGACGUCGCCAGGUCGCCCACCACCGACAACAGCAUCGGCGAAGGAACGGAACGUGCAGCGACCACCGUGAGAUCGUUAGCGUUCACCGAGGUAGAUCUGGACGGGACCACGGAAGCGAGGACCACCAGCACGCCGAGUCCCUGGCAGUGGGCGACGAACCCUGGGAACGAUUCCCCGGUGACGUUCACUCUGCUACCGACGACCUUCACCGCGGAGAACACGGCGACGCCGACGCCGAUUAUCACGACGCACGCGUCCAGCAUCACGACCACGAUCACGUCCUCGGUCACGUCGACCAAUUCCGUCCCCCGGGAUAACCUGGCGUCGACCUUGCUGCCGUUCCCGAACGUGAACGCGUUCAACACCACCGAGAACGAGGUGAUCAAGGCGCAGGAGAUGUUCGGCAAGCUGAACGAGACGAGUUCCAACACGCUGAUGCGAGUCAUGAAGCAGGCCGACAGCAACGAGACGGUGAGACAGCUGGUGCUGUUGCUGAUAAGUCACUGCAACGCGCCCAAGGACAAGACGACGGAGCAGGAGAAGGAACAGUUGCUGGAUGCUCUUCUAAGAUUGCCUGUUAAUGAGUUCAGUUCCGAAGAGUCGCGGGAGAUCGUCGCCGGUAUCAGCAGACUUAAUCUACCUAGUGGAAAGACACGAGCGAUCAUUUUAUCGAACUCGACGACGGGUCCGCGGACGUCGUCCUUGAGACCCACGCCGUCCACACCAUCCAUCACCACGUUCCGCAGCAAGACUGGACGGAAGUUCCGGACGACGACGACGACGACGACGGAGAGCGCUCACAGUUUCGCCAGGAGAUCGGAUGAUGCUGUUCAAACGGACACGAAUAAUUUCUUAGCGGAAAACGAGACCAUCGCGUCCGACAACCGAGCUCUCGAGCUCCUCAGGUCGUUGUACACGAUAGCCGCCAAGUGGGGCUGAGGAUCCGCAGAAUCGACGACCGAUCGGAACUACGCGCGUGUCGGAAGACUCGCGAGAUGAAGUAUUCGAAGACGAUCCAUCUGUCGAUACGUUUCUCGAAGUAGAUCGUUGCUGUCGCCGCGUCAUUUCGUCUUAGCCUAAAUUCGAGGAGGGUUCGUAGAGUGCGAACCUGGUGAAUCUCGGUUUUGAUCUCGGCCCGUAAAUCGACGUGACAAAUACGAAUGUUUUCUCGAAAGCUACGAUAUCGCUAUUUAUUAAUGAAUAAAGAUCCGUAACAUGUGAUUAUAUCACUGACUUUGCUAUUUUUCAGAAGAACAAUUUUUCUUUAUAAUUAUAAUGUUAUAUUCUUAUUUUAUAUACUUGAUAUAUGAGAAUUGGAAAAUUUCGUCUUAUAUCUUUGGAUCACGGAUCGAUAAUAUGCCGCUACGACAGCGAAGUUCGAUUUAAUUUAGGGCCGAGAUUGACACUCGCGCUCGCGGAUAUUAAGUAGAUCGUUGUAACGAUUUAUCGGAUAUAUUUUAUUUCUCAAAAUAGAAUUUUUUUGUCACGACUGCUUGAUACCCGCGAUCGAACGUAACUCGUGUCGGUUAAUAUAUGCGGAGUCCCGAUCGAUCAUCGAUCGAUAAAAAUCGCGGUAUAACAAUUAACCGGCUAUAGUUCGACAAGUUAAGAUUAUUUGUAUUUGCCGUCCUUUUUUUAUUAAGAAUAAAACAUCGAUCGCCUCGAAAUAUCGACAACUAUUACUUGCAAAAAGAAAAAAAAUGCCUGCCAUACUCUUCGUCCUUUCUGUUCAGCGACUUUUGCGUGAAUGCUACUAUCGUGUAUGAAUAAUAUUCAAUUUAACUCUCUCGUUAUCGAGUAAUUUUAAUUGUUUA